AUGCAGAAGGAGUGCCAAGUAUCGAGAAGUUCAUCAUCAUCAAGGAGAUGCAAACGGAAGAAUCGAGAAACAUCUUUGAGGAAGGCUGUAAACCGUGUCAAAGGACAACAGAAUCUCAUCGAGAGUCAAAACAAAAACGCUCGACGACCAAAAGCUGAAAAGCCAAGAGAAGCACAAACGAAGCUUGGAUUUGCUGGUAACUUGUCUUCUGAUCUAACAACGGAAAUUCGUAUACCGGCCAUUUUCAAAAGACAAUUUAAGUUCGGUGUUAUUGUUUCGAAAUCUUUGUUAGUUGUAAAAAUCGACGAUGAUUCAUUUCUGCAAGGAAAACUUCGGCUAUGUGAUUUCAUUAUGAAAAUUGGUGAUAGAGACAUAAUGAGUAAAGCGGAAUUCUAUGUUCAAAUGCGGAAUAUGCGACGAUCAGAAGAAGAGUUUACUCUGACUGUUCAAAGACCCCGAUGGAACCGUGUAGCCGAUUAUUUGCCCAACGGAUACGACAGAGUACCUGGAUAUUCAUAUAUUAAAGCUUUAUUGUUACAAUAUCCUGGUGCAGCACUUGGCAUGAACAUAAAAUCUUACAAUAGUAAGGUCUACAUAACACAUACGGAGCAAUUGAGUAUCGCAGUGCAAUCAUGCCUAAUGGGCGAUUGUAUUGUGGCUGUCGAAGGAACGCCAAUUACAACGGUCGCCUGCUGCAACGCAUUGAUCAUCUCAUAUCUAUCGAUCAAAAAAUUUACUGUUCUAACACUGGAAAGGCCUGUGGAUGAUCAAGCUGUACAAGUGGUUCGUUGCGCGUUAUUAGCUGAAAAGAAACCUGAAAUCAAUGCCAGAAUGGCGGCUGAUACAACGGAAAUCGGACUGCAAGAAGCCGAAAAAGUGCGGCAGAGAAAGUAUGUCAAAAAAUUACGAAGUAUCUACAGGCCACAUCAACGAAAAUCGAGUGAUAAAAGGCAUGUGCAAAUGGCAGAAUUAUCGCUUUAUACGCCAAUUACAUGUGAUCCGUACAAUCCAAUUCUAAUGAAAGCAGUUCCGCCGAAGAGAAUGGAUGUGUUUUAUGCGAAUUUGGGUAAACGCGACAUUCCUUCAACGUCAAACAUCAACAGCUAUAAACCGUUGCUUCAAAUUACUCAGCCAGCAAACUCGCUGCAAAAAAUGUAG